AUGAAGUCGACUGUGAACAACAUCAACAAAACACAAAUAAAGAAAGGGGAAAAAGUUGGCUUUGAAUUGGACCUUGCCAGUAUCAACACAAAUGAGUGUGUUCCCGACACAACUAAUUAUUGCACCUCUUGCCACGGCAUUUUAACCCAAAAAGGAUUCUGUCAGAUCUGUCGGGCCCCACACACCAAAAAACCCAUAGAAAUGCAUCACAGUGUCUUGUUAUUAAAAAAGAGUUCUGAGCCAGUGAAAGAGACUGGAAGGACGGUUGUCUUCUGUUUAGAUAAUUCCGGAUCGAUGAGUGGAAAUCGUAUUGAGGCGAUGCGGUCGAACAUCAAAAGGGGUAUUGAUGCAAUGGUUAAGAGUGAGCCCGGUAACCGCGUGUAUGUUGUAACCUUUGAGAGUGAUUGUUUAAUAAUAGGAAACGACGAAUCAAAAAACAAGCCCGUUUCAUCUGAUUUGUCAUUUGAUAGUGUAGUGAAUUGUGCAAAGAGUUAUCCGGAUGUUCCUAUCAUAUCUCAGGUCGAUGAACAAAUGAAAGAACAAGUUGAUAAAAUCGAUGUUGGUGGGAGGACUGCGGGGUUGUCUGGGUUACUGUUGGCGGUAGUCCUUGCUGGUCGAAAACACGACGGCAAAGUGAUAUUUUGUACUGAUGGGAUGAGUAAUAAAGGUAUAGAAUCGACAGACGAGAACAUCAAUAAGAUCAUUAAAUUGACCAGAAAUGUAACUGUUGAUGUUCUCUACUUCAGAGACUGUGAGUCCUUUGUUGGGGCAUAUCGGACGAUAGCAAAUAAAACAUCAGGGAAGGUCAUGUCAAUUGAUUUAAAAGAUUCAACGCAAAAGAUGGAAUUUGCUGUGAAGACACGCACCGUUGGUGAAAAUGCAAAGCUUGACAUUUUCACUGCACAGUGCGCCAAACAAAUUAAGACGAUGUCCUUCCCAAAAAUAUAUGACUCUACUCCAAUCACCUUCGAGUGUGAAAUUGACAACGUUAAUACUUUUAAUGAACUCAAUUCCUUUGUCGUCCAAGCCAAACUAUCGUUCCAGGCCAAAGCUGUCGAUUACAUUGCAGUAUUUGAAAUUUCCGUCGACAUCACCGAGUUCAUUUCCGAGGAAAAUACCUCUGUUGUGAUAUCCACUUCAAUGAACAAAAUUUAUCAAUUGAAUGAACAACAAAAGUAUGACGACGCCAUUAUUGAACUGAAGCGUCUGGAGAGUUUCAAGUUUGACGUGAACCAAGAUGAACUCGACCAAUUCAAAGGCCUGAUCCCAGUCCUUAUUGAAUAUUUCAAUAACGCCAAAAAGGGUGAUAUAAGUGCCAAACAAAAUAUUACAUCAGUGCUCAGUUAUAUGAAAGAUAUGAAAGCGUCAGACAUUAUUUCUUCACAUUAA